AUGGCGGGAAGAAUCUACUCAAUUUCAAGUAAGACUUUAUUGAAUAAACUAAUUGUAAUAUUAUUAGAAACUAUUCUUCUGCAACCCAACGUCCAAGCAGAAAUCAUAAUUCAAACUGCCAAAGAACAAGGAAAGAGUAUCGACUCUCUCCAGCACAUUAUUGAACAACAGGGAAAUCUUGAACUGAAAAUGAAAGAUCUUCUUGGAAAGCAAGAAUUAAAUAUUGGAAAUUUGGAAGAAUUCUUUCAAUUUUUAACGAAUAUGUGUGGAUUGAAUAAUACAGGUCAAGAUUUAGACGAAACAAUUAGUUGUGAUUCUGAUAAAGCUGUGGUACGAACAAGAAAGAGAUCGACAGCAACAAUUAUCAAACCCUCUGAUCAUGAAAAGGUGAAAAUGAAUUUAAAGUCAACUCAAGUUGGAAAACAAUUUGCAGAGCAAAAGUUUCAACAUGCUUUGGAAUUUAUUCGAAAUCUGGAUCGGGAUCUCAAACUAAAGACAUUAGAGUUACAAAAACUUCAGGAAGAAACUGCCUUUAAACAAUCACUAGAAUAUACAGCUAACAAAACAAGGGACGAAACUGAACUUUCCCAAGAUUUCUUAAAAAUUAGGAGUUUCGUCUAUAGUUUGGGAAUUGAGUUUGCCAAGGCAGUUACCAAAAACAAGGAUCGAAUCAAUGAAAUUACUCUCGAUUACUACAACAAAAUUCCUUCAGAGUUGAGGAAUUCCAUUGAAAAGUCUGAAAAUAUUGAUGAAUUAAUAGACGAACCACUAUUCGAAACUCGUUACGUUAAUUGGUUGAUUGCUGAAUCUGAGCCAAACGGAAGAAUGAACGUUUACUAUUGUACUGUCAGUUUAUUGGAACAGAAAGUUUGUAGAACAGCAAGAAGAAACACAAAAGUCAACAUCAAGCCAACCUGUCAAUUAGAAUGA